AUGGGACAGGCGCAUCCUAAGCCAAAUCUAUAUUCCAGUGAUGGUCUUGUGUGCACUAACCUGCCACCAGCGCCACGAACGUACUCUGAUGAUUUCUGGCGACAAGGAAUUGUCAAGUUUUCCGAUUGUGAUAUGGAGGCGCUUGAACAUUUUCAAAUGGCUAUAAACGCUAAUUUACAGUCGGAGAAGAAAUUACGCGUGAUAAUUAUAAGAGAUCCUAAUUGUUACGUCGGUGAGGAAGAAUAUGUAUUUCGCCGAUGUACUUUGUGGCAGUGA